AUAAAACCGUAUCCUUUGCUGUUCAGGCAGCAACAACAGGGUGGGUUGGUUUCGGCAUCUCUUCGGGUAAUGGAAAUAUGGCCGGAAGCGACAUGGUUAUCGGAUGGGUGAAGGACUCCAAGGGUUACCUAACGGACCGGUUUGCUGAUGCUCAAAGCUUUCCACCGUUGGACAAAGAAAACAACUACAACUUAACUGGGUUUGAGGAAAGCGAAGGGAAAACUGUGUUAAGAUUUAGUAGGACAUUUGACACCUGUGAUCCUCGCGACAGGAAGAUUGAGGAAGGCACCACUAAGGUUGUGUUUGCAUAUCAUGCAGAGGACCCCACGUCUGAGGACGAUAUGAAGAAACAUACAUUCCGCGGGUCAAAGAGCAUUCUACUUCUUAACAACAUGGACAAAAAACAAGUGAACGAAACCGGGUGGAAGCAGUUUUAUGUCACAAAUAGAAAUAUAACGAUUCCUAAAAAGCGCACGACUUAUUGGUGUUCUCUUAUCCAACUACCCGAGUUCAAAUCAAAGAAUCAUAUUACAAAGUUUGAGCCAUAUGUAACACCUGGAAACGAAGGCAUCGUGCAUCAUUUACUCGUCUACGAAUGUUAUGGGAAUUUUAGUAAUGCUACCUUGUAUGGUUCUGGUUUUGACUGUCAAGAAACACCCAAUAUGCCUCUAGGACAUUGUUACGGCUACAGUGUCGUUGCUGCUUGGGCUGUUGGUGGUACGGCAUUUUAUUAUCCACCGAAGGCUGGAUAUCCAGUUGGUACGUCGGACUCGCCAAGAACACUUUUGCUUGAACUACACUACGACAAUCCCAAAUCAAUUGAAGGACGAAGAGACAGCUCAGGGGUUCGUUUUUACUACACUUCUCAUCUCCGUCAGUACGAUGCUGGAAUAAUGUCUGUUGGAGAAGAUAUAACUGACCUUGCGAUAAUCCCACCAAAACAGGAAUCUUGGUUGACUGUGGGUUAUUGCCCCAAAGAAUGCUAUCAGGAAGACUUGCAGGCGACCAAGCUCCCUGAAAAAGGAAUAAAAGUGUUUGCUGCCCUUCUUCACACCCAUCUGCAGGGGCGUGCAACAUGGACAAAGCAUGUUCGCAAUGGAAUUGAGUUACCAGAAAUUGCGAGAGAUGACCAUUAUGAUUUUAACUUUCAGGAUAUACAAGUUUUGAGAGAAGAGGCUCACAUCAAACCGGGGGACGACUUAAUUCAUUUCUGCAAAUACGAGACAAUGGAUCGCGAUAAACUCGUGCAGGCUGGUAUCUCUACCACUCAAGAAAUGUGUCUGAAUUAUAUGUUUUACUAUCCUCGAAUGGUGAAUGCCACAGCAUAUUGCUCCAGCUCUCUACGUAAGCCAGUGUACGACUUCAUUAAAGAACACUUCCCUUCCUUAAAGGAGUCAAAAUGGUCAAAUCCUCUCAUUGGGGCAAAUAUCUCAUGGACGAAGGAAUUGGUAUCUGACUUGAGGAAGAGAUUCGAUGAAGCAGAGACAUUUCUUCCAUAUUGUCGCGCGAGACCUAACAACUACACAUAUCCGAUUCCAAAGAUCACGAAGCCCUUACCUCCUCGACAGUCCAACUGCCGUGGAAGAAGCACGACACCAGCCCCUCCCGUUGGAGACGCCUUCUUGGUGACGACCUCAUACUCUACAGCAAUAUCCCUGCUAAUUAGCAAUUUCGUGUUGAUGUGAACGAUCAAAGAUAUGCCAUCAUGAUCACGGUUCACAAAUUGCUAGAGAGUAUAAUCUGCACUAAAACCAAUGUUUGCUCCAUAUCUUAACGUAGAGAUGAUCUCUCAGAGGAUCAACACUGCCGUAGUAGAUACAGAGAAACAUCACUUAAUGCAUUAUUAAUAUUUUUUUGGAAUGACGUUAAUGGCUAAGGCAGACGGAAAAUAAACUCUGAUUUCCCUCA